CAUGGUUACGUCAUAGUAACUCAUCUGUAGUUCGUUGAUACACGAUACAUGAUGGGGGAAGGAGAAGGCAAACAGAUGUCCCUUUAUGGGAAAUACUAUCUAUCGCCGGAAGAAAUGGCGGGUUUGUGGAAGAAUGUUCUUCGCAGAACGGAGAGAAUUCGCCGUAAUCACUUGGCCACCAACGGAGAUGGUUCGAAACUUUGGCCUGGCAUAAAACAGUGGUCUAGCAACGAACUGGAGGCCAUGAAAGAUAGUUUCUACGGCAAGCGAACCAGAACUACUGUAGCCGAUAAUUUCUCCACCUACAACCGCCUGUUUCAUCAGCGGAAUGGAUACGAUAGUAAGAUACAUCGCGAUGAUCGCAACCACAUCCUGAAGAUCGGCCGAGCGGUCCACGACGAGGAGAAGAGGCGGCUGUGGCCGGUGUUGAGUUCCUUCUCUUACGGACACCGGGUGGAUAAGCUGUUGGAGCCUUUCUGUCGCACCCACGUCCGGAUCGAGCACGUAGCUCAGGGCUUCUCGUAUACCCGGGGCACCGGCCUCCCUCCCAUCGAAAAAUCACGAAGCAAUAUGUAGGAUAAUAUUCAAAAUAUCUAACAGACUUAUAUUUUAAAUGUAAAACAUUUAUCGUGUAAAAUAUAUGUAAAUGUAAAUGAAAUAAUAUUUCGCAGUUGUCGUUCUUCUCAUACUCAGAUUUGAUUUCUCGUUGUCCAUUAAAGAUGAACUUGGAAUCUCAGGUCUAGCCAACUUAAUUCAUUUAUCUGAUUCAAAUCACGUUCAAAUGGGGUCUUUAAUGUGACCUCACGGUUCAUUAGCGGAAGCACUACAAAGAGAUUACGAUAAUUAAUCUCGUCAUUAGACGUUGCAAUAAC